GUGAGCACCGUCGGCCACUGGCACAAUCUAAUCCAGCUAGAUCCGCAGCCGAGCAGAGGGGAUUUACUUUAUUCCAGCUUUCCUUUCAGCCGUCCUUUAUUUUAUUGAACUAAAACAAUGGCGGACACGCAGGUGGACUCUGGCUCGGAUAUCUCUGCCAAGGACCUGAAGGAGAAGAAGUUGGCAGAGGAGAAGGAGAACGGCAAGGAUGCUGCCACCAACGGGAAGGAGAACGAGGAGAACGGCGAGCCCGAGGUAGACGAGGAGGAGGUGGAUGAGGAGGAAGAGGAAGAAGAGGAGGACGACGGAGAAGGAGAUGAGGAGGACGAGGAAGAUGAUGAAGAUGAGAUCGAGGGCGGCACAAAACGGGCAGCUGAGGACGACGACGAAGACGACGAGGACGAUGUCGAAACCAAGAAGCAGAAAACCGACGAUUGAUGCGUUUCCGCGCGGCGCCGACCUGCUGAACCACUUCCUGGUUCUUCACCUCUGACCUCUCUGACACGUCACAGGUGGAGGGGCGGGAGGACUGAUCUAAAGGAAAAAAUAAUAAAAAAACCCAACAUGGUCAUUAGCAAGUAGAGUUCAACAAGCAUCACCACGUCCACCCCCCCCCAUCUCCCUGACCUCUGACCUCCAGGCUGCAAGACAAAUUUUCUAGAGGACCCGCCGCAGAAAUCUGGCUUCUCUUCAGCAACAACAACCCAGCGAAGAAUUUGUUUGUAUUUUUAUUUACAUUUUAUAUUUUUGUACAUAUUGUUAGGAGGGGGGGCAGCUUCUCUCUCGGCAGCGAUCUCGUCAGACCAAAUCGGUGCUUCUUCUGAAACAAAAAGAUUUUACUUGGUUGACCAUGUUACAAUAUCUCAGAACCUAGAAAACCUGUAAAAAAAAGCUAAAAAAAGAAUAAAAGCUGAAAGGCAACCUGUUAACGCCGCUGAACUCAGAGCAUUCCAGUAAAUUUAAUGUAUGUACUUUAGCUGUACCAUAACUAGUUUGUUUGUAUGGGAGGGUAAGGCCAAAGAGAAGAGCCUCUGUUUCCUUUGUUCUUUUUUUUCUUUGUCAGCGACAUUUUGUUUUAUGACGGCCUGUUUUGAUGUAUGUGCGAAGUUUGUUGUUUUGACAAUAAACCGGACUUUUAUUUUGUGAGUUGUACUUCACAUCUCUGCCUGGUUUCAUUUCCUCUUCCUGGCGGCGGGAAAACCCGCUCAAGGUGAAUCAGGAAGUCGCUCCGGAAAUGUUGAUUUACGACAUGCAUGACCUACAAAACGCAGAUUUCUAGAUUUAUCUGAGAAAAACGUCUAAUCUGGAUGAGCUUUUUUAUGAAAAUCAAAACUGUUGAAAAUUAAACCUGUUUUUGCCUCCAAAA